CGUAAUUCUGUCUCCGCUCCUGUUCAAAGCUUCGUUUCUCCCUCGUCCGGACUCCAAAUCAGUCGCCGUUUGAACCCAGACGCUCGUAGUCUCGUCCUCUUUCUUUUCAUGACAAGCUUGCAUGAUUAUUUGUCCAUAAAGUGAGGUAGAAAUCCAUUCUUCUUCAGGUCAUACCCGAGUUUCUUCUCCCGAAUCGUCAAUUGAUCUCUGAUUGACUU